UAUUUGCUGGGCAUAUUUUGCUGACUGGCAAGGUUAUAUGAAGUACUUUCUAUUGAAUUACCAUAUUAACUAAUUAUUCCUGGCAUCUUCUGCUGUCUCUGUUUUGGCUAUUUUAAAAUAGCUAAAUUUUAGCUAGGUUUUUUUUUUCCAAUUGAGAAAAAAAAUGUCUAAUCAAGGACUAUUGCUGAUUUUUUCUCUGUUGUUUAUCUGCUUCAUCAGGGACACUUUCGGCAUUUGUGAUGGAACUAUCUGGGCAAGGGUUGGAUGGGAGAUUCUUCCAGAAGAAGUACAUUAUUGGAAAGUUAAGCGUCCUCCAUCUUACUAUCUGCCAUAUCCUCUGGAUAAACUAUGCUGCAACUUGGCUAACAUGGAUAUAUUUUGGAGUUCUUUAUAUCUCAUUGAUAUUUUAUUACAAGCUCUCCUUUUCAUCUUAUCUGUUCUGUCUGUGCAUUACCUGUGGAUGAAAUGGAAGAAACACCAAAUAAAGCUGAAAAACCGAUCAUCCUCAGAAAAAUCUGGUAAUGAUCUAGAAAGUACAUCCAUCCAAGACAUUGACCAAAUACUCUACAGACUAGAUACCACAACAUCAAUGAUAUUCAAGAUCUUGGAGCACAGGUCUUACCAUCCUUCCUCUAAUAAAAUUAAGCACUGGGAAUUAAAGAAAAAGAAGAAGACUAAAGAAGAAGGAGCCAAAAGAUACUAAAUAUAUGCAUAUGCAAAUACAGCUUAGUCAAACAGACUACAAACUCAUUUAAUUUCACAGCAAUCCCUAAAAAGUAGGAACUAUAUUGUUGGCCCCUUUUACAGAGAAAGAAACU